AUGAGAUUGCUUUGCAUUGUACAUUUACUACCUCUAACAGUUACUGUAAGUUAUGCGGCUGAAUGCAAAGACAAGCUGCCGUUGACUUGUAAGAAUAUGUUCGACUACUGUACUUCCUUUAUUCAUCAUGAGUAUUUGAGAGAGAAUUGUCAAUACACUUGCCAGCAGUGCGAUACGGACUGCAAGGAUUUCGUGGCGUAAGAGAAUUCGAUUUUUACUGUGAUAUCGUCUUUUUAUGAGGUUCAAUGCAAUUUCCGUGCUAUUUAGACUUUCAAAACUGCAAAAAACAGUCUGACAAAAUUUACAUUGUUUAUGAACAGUAUUCCUUUAGAUGCGGCACAAUUAAAAAGAUUGGCGGCUGCAACCCGACAACAAAAUACGAUCGUGACAUUAUUUUGCGAUGGUGUCCGAGAACUUGUGGAACUUGUCCCGAUAAGCCCAGGAUUCCGAAGAAGGAUCCCCCAAAGAAUGCUGAGGUCGCAAAGGUUGCGAAAAAGUUGGAUAACGUGCUGAAGACGGCGAAAAUUGGCUGGGAGGAGAAGAUCCCACCGCUGGAGAUGCAAAUGGGGGAUGCCUUGCAAACGGAGAAGAAGAAAAAUCCUAAUGAACUUGUUGAUGGAAAGUGUGCUGAAUGUAGGUUUAGAAGAGAUUUGCAAAAAGAAUACAUGCUUCGAUAAUGUUUUAGCCACAUCUCUGACCGGCCGAGGAUUCCUCCAAAUCAAAGACUUUGAUUUGGUCAGUCAAAGAAAGGAGGAUUGGAAUAUCAAGGGUCAUCUCUGUGUUCAUGGAGUCAAAUUUGAAAUAACUCCAAAGUAUGAAGAUUGCAAAGACCCCAUGGGCUGCAUGACAAUAGACCUUGAGGCCACGUAUCGAAAAGAAAAUGACUGGUUGGCGCAGGGACAUGUGGCAUUUACUAUUAAUAACAACAAGGGCAAAGCGAGAAGCAUUGAGAAAAAUGUUGACCAGAAAUUUACAAAAGCUGAGAAUGAUGCCACUGCGAACUCAAUGGCACCUUUGCCUCUUCUCAGAGACCCCAGUGAAGGCUUCAUAUAUGCAAAUAUGGUGACGGUGACCGUGGAAGUCAUUUUUGAGGGAUUCGAGGACAAAUAA